AGCUUCAUUUGUUUCCAAAUUUGUUUGUCCUAUUCACAAAGAUAGUUUAUUUUCCCAUAAUUUUAGAGCUAGUUCCUUUAAGCUUGACUCAUUUUUCAAUUUUAGAAUCCCUGACUAAGAAUAAGUAGCUGUUUGUUAUGUAUCGAGCAAUCAAGGUCAUGACAGAGACAGUCAUUAUUCUGGACUUGCAUUUAGCAAUCUUGGCCUAAGACUUAGGAGUAUCUAAUACGUGACCCCACAGCGAAGUGUGAAAAGGCCGAAUAGCAAUUUAGCGUUUAGUCAAAGUUUAUCAACGAAAAAUGAGUGGCCUGGGUCCGGCAGCCUGUUGGCUGGCGCACAAGCGCAUUGAGUCUUGGUCUCGCAUAGCCAAGGAGCGCGUUGGUGCCGUUCGUCGCGUUACGCUCGACCGCAACUCGGCCGACGAGAGCAGCGGCAGUGGCGGCAGCAAUGGCUGCACCCAAGUAUUGCCGGGAAGUGAGGGCGCAUCCUCCACGACGCCGCCGCCGCAGCCGAUGACGCCGCCGCCAUCGGCCUCAUCGGUAACCUCAACCACCAGCGGCAUAGGAAGUGUUUCGGCUGGUAGUGUCAGCGAUAGCUGUGACUUGCCUACGGACUCAGAGGAAGUCAAUAUUUCGAAGGAGUCACAUCCCAUACAACCAGCCACACAACUCCAUGGAAUUCCUUGCGUACCCAACCAUCCGAUUCAAGCCGAUAUACUUCGUGGUCCCGCCGAGGUUUUCCACAGCCCGUUGCACUUGCACCACCAGAGUCGAUCCUUUCCGCCGCGUCUGCAGCGCACACCUUCAAUUUCCAGCCAGAGCAGCGUAGACAGCGCUCCGUCCAGGCAGUCGGGUCAUCGCGGCUCCUCUCCCCAAAUAAGGACUUUCGGACCUGAUGGACGUAGUUCAUUACCUAGCGAGGCAGCAUUCCCACAUCAUCUGGCCCGUUCGCCCAGUCCCAUGCGGACUAUUUCGCUUGACGCACGCUGUGGCAGCCCGGCUUCGGUCGAUGCGAGUGUCUUGCGGACCCCAAGUCCCUCCCAGUGUAGCCUGGCCUCUCUAUCAGGCCCAGGCAUGGUUGGAUCUGCGCCCAACAUGAUUAUGAGCACAGGUGCCGGAUCUGUUCACUGCAAGGGAGUGGGCGUAGGCAUGACAGGCAAUCGUUGCCUAUCGCCUUUGCUGAUACCUCCUCGUCCUCAGCCAGGCAUUGAUCCAACUGUGGGUCCUGCUUCGCCUCUUGGUGCUCUGCAACCGGACUUAUAUCGCAUGCCCGAUGGGCCGGUCUAUCUGACAGCACCCGGGACGAGCCACGCUGUGGGUCGUUUGCACUUGCGUGUCAAAUAUGAUUACCACCUUUUCGAUUUAACGGUUCAUCUCAUUGAAGCACACAAUCUGAGCCCCAUCGAGGAGGGUGGCUUUCGGGAUCCUUACGUGCGUCUCAUGCUUCAGCCGGGCGUGGACAACCGCAAACGUCAAACGCACAUACACCGCGGCGAAUCGAAUCCCUACUUUGAUCAGCAUUUCAAGUUCCCGGUUUCACGUGACCAGCUGCAGGGCAAGGAACUGGUCUUGCAGGUGCUCGACUAUGAUAGGUACUCGCACAACGACAUUAUUGGCGAAGUGCGUAUUUCGGUUGAUGGCCUGGAUCUGUCAAAAUCUGUUGAAAUAUGGGGCGAUUUGCUGCGAACUAAGAAGCCCAAGGAGGAUCGCCCGGAGCUGCUGUGCUCUCUGAACUAUCUACCACAGGCGGAGCGCCUGACAAUUGUAAUAAUGAAGGCCCGAAAUUUGGAUACCGUCCAAGAGCCCUAUGUCAAGAUUUACCUAAUACAAAACGGCAAGCGCAUAAAAAAGAAAAAGACUAGCAUCACUAAAUCCGACGAUGUUAGCAAUCCCAUCUGGAACGAGGCAUUUACAUUCAAUCUACAAUCAAAUUAUUUACACAGUGCCGCCAUUGAGAUAUAUGUGGUCGGUGCGGGCAGCGAGGCAACGGAAAUUGGCUGCUGCGGACUUGGCCCACAGGAGAGUGGAACGGGCUGCCAACAUUGGCACGACAUGAUUAACAAUGCCCGCAAGCCCACAGCCAUGUGGCACUAUAUACGCUAAGCGAGCGGGCAGCUCCACAUAAAUUUGCUUCAGUAUGAAAAUAAAAUCACAUUCAAUUAUUGAAGCUGUUUUCAAGCUGCUUUUAAAGUACAAAUUCCACUUAUUACGCAGCCUGUCUGCGUUUUUUGACUAAAUUUGACUAAAACAAAAGCUGGAAAAUAACCUUUUGUGAAUUGAAAUGUGACACGACACGCUAGUACAUAUAAUUUUAUAGAUUAGUUUUUCCUAAUGGUGUCCAAAUGUAACAAGAAGCAUACCAAGCGAACCUUGUUAUGUUCAAUACCGAGUACUAUUCAGAUAUAUAUAUAUACAUCUAUAUUAAUAUGCUAAUAACUUGAGAAAUGCACAAGCUCAAUCAAAAGUUCCUAUGAUACACACGAAACGAGCAACCGACCCAAAUACGAUCCAUGUUCAGCUUCAGCACUUAGGAUCUAAGAAAAAGGUCGCGAAUCAAAGAAAAGAACCCGAGCCGAGUGGAAGAAUGUAGCGUAACUGUCAACCGAGUUGUUGACAUUUCAGUCGGCUUUGACGAAGAGUAUUCAAGUGUGCAUUUCUUUAAUAAUUAUGAAUAUAAAACAUUUCAACAGCAUUUCAUAAGCUAAAUGCUCGUCAAUCAUAUAGCACAAGAACUACCCUCACUGCGCUACGAAAUUUGCUUAGACCACAGCCGGACGACGGAGCUGGGUCUCUUUGUAUUGGCGACAGUUGACAAAUUGGUCCUGUUGUCCUUUUUAAAGCCUCAGUUGCAUAGAGUGUAUGCAUGUGUGUGCGUAUGUGCGUCUUCGAGUGACUCUCAAUAGCUGACAGCUUAUAGUGCGUGUGGCAAAAGUAUUUGCAAUAAAUUAAAUGCCAAUAACUAUGGCUAAUUGUUUAUUUAAUUAAAUGUUCCUUCCAUUGCUAAUACGUGUACGUCUACAAGCUGAAGCCAGCGAAACGUUUGCAAAGCAUAAUGAAUAGAAUACAACGAUAAUAACA